CUAUAAUCUUAUACGACACUUGACUUAUGUUAUGCUUCUCACUUCUUCUAACUCACUCAACUGACCAUUCAUCAAUGGCUACCAUCAUCAACCUUUCUUCAACACAACUCCUCUCUUAUCAUCAUUUCCCAUCUUUUUCUCCCCAAAAUACCCCUACCCUUUCACUCAAUUUCCACCCCAACUCCUCCACAAACCUACGCCCAAUUUCCCUCAAACCCUACCAUCCCCGAAAGCCUCAGUCAUGGCUCGUCGCCAUGGCAGUGAAAAACCUCGCCGAUACUUCACCGGUGACUGUGUCACCGGAAAACGAUGGACUCACCGGAGAAGAACUCCCGUCUGGUGCCGGAGUUUACGCCGUUUAUGACAAAAACGGCGAGCUUCAGUUCAUCGGAUUGUCGCGUAAUAUUGCUGCUACUGUUUUGGCACACCGGAAAUCGGUGCCAGAGCUUUGUGGUUCCUUUAAGGUUGGGGUAGUGGAUGAACCUGACAGAGAAUCUUUGACCCAAGCAUGGAAGUCUUGGAUGGAAGAACACAUAAAGAUCACUGGGAAAGUUCCACCUGGAAAUGAAUCCGGAAACGCCACUUGGGUAAGACCACAACCUAAGAAGAAGGCCGAUCUUCGAUUAACACCUGGUCGUCACGUGCAGCUAACUGUCCCUCUUGAAGAGCUUGUCGACAAGUUGGUAAAAGAGAAUAAGGUGGUUGCAUUCAUCAAGGGAUCCAGAAGUGCGCCGUUAUGUGGAUUCUCUCAGAAGGUAAUAGGCAUUCUUGAAAAGGAAGGAGUAGAUUAUGAGAGUGUAGAUGUAUUGGAUGAAGAUUACAACUAUGGGUUGAGGGAGACACUUAAAAAGUAUAGCAAUUGGCCUACAUUCCCUCAGAUAUUUUUGAAUGGUGAACUUGUUGGUGGUUGUGAUAUAUUAACCUCCAUGAAUGAGAAAGGUGAAGUGGCUGGUUUGUUCAAAAAGUAAUUAAUUGCGCCGGUGAACCUGCAAUUUUAGACAUUCUUUUGAAAUGAGGGACUAGCUAGGAGUAGAAUGUGUGGAAGAUUAUGGGAAGAGAAAUGCAGGUCACAUCUUGUUGUAUUAAUCUUUUAAAUUAAAUUCAAGGGUAGAAAGAAAAAUUAAAUAAUUAUAUGUAUAUUUUAUUGGCUAAUAACGAGCCUAAUAAUGUAUUGUUUUAACACUUCAACUCUUAGUAAUAUUUUUGAUGGUAUAUUAAUGUCAAGACGGGCACUAACGAAUCCGUCCUUCUGCUUUCA